UCACAUGUUUGUGUGUCCCUCAGCCAUGUAUAACUUCAUCUCAAAGUUGACAAUGGUGAUAUGAAAAGGGUUUCUUAUCUAAUAUUUUCAAUGCUCUUUUGUAGCAUACUUCGAUUGGCCCAAUAGCAGCAAAGCUCGUAUUGGACCAACUUGUAAUAGAGUGUUUACUAUGAGCCAGUAUCAUAGAGUGCAGGAAUGUAAUCGCUGCUGUGUCUGUUAAAUGGGCCGGUUGGUUAAUACUAAACCUGUUGUUGUUCCCAUAAGUUUCUUUUUACUAUUUUGCCAUUUUGUCAAAGUUAACAGAAAUAUUCACACACACUUUGCUUCAUCAGUGUCAAAGCGCAUGUAUCUGCUGACCCUCUCAACAUUUUAACUGAUUUAGUUUUCAUUAUCAUCAGCUUUCUCUUUUGUCAACAAUAUAAUUAAUCUAACUUAAAUGAAAUUCAAACCACUGAUCAAAACAUACCAGCUUACAUCAUAUUGUGGUAAUCCAAGUAUUUAAUCAUUGGUGAUAAUGAAAUGUCAGCUCUCCGCCAUAGUUUUUUUCCUCUGUCUCAGCGUUGUUCGUCUAUUUGGGGGGUUCUCUCCAUUUUCUCUCCUGCUUUCAUUCAAAAGGGGACUUGAGUUGACUGCUGUUGUAAUUUUGCCCUACAAAAAGUAAAAUUGAAUUGAGUGGAAUGGAACAUUGGGGAUAAAAGCUAUAAACAUUACCGUUGCCACAUUAAUACCAUCAAUAUUACUCAUGGACCUGAAAAACAGCGCAAUCGUCUUGCGCUGGUGUUUGUUGUCUCAUAUGAUUAUCUGUUAUCAGUUUCACUAUCGUGUUCCCGACUGUUGUGAUUUUGUUGCCUCAUGCUGUGCAGCGGCAUGCUUAAGUUUAAGUUUCGUUUCUUGUUGACAGACUGCACAGUGACACAGUGAGGAUCAGCUGUUGCCCCUAAACACACGACAACAUGUUUUCCUGGGGAGAGGACUGUCAGCGCGGGUUUUACGUGAAAGACGGCUCCGGUACCGACAGCACGACCACUGAUGAUGGAGUUCAUUACUUAAACAUCAGCCAUCACAUCGCGGAUCUGUCGGCAGGUCGAAACGUGCUGGCUUUCGUUAAAAGUAAUGGAAACGCGUUCAUUAUCCGCACAAACGAGAGCAAGGAUGGGAGAAGAGCGAGGGGCAGGCAGAAGUUUGUGAAACACAAAGAGAAGAUAGAGGCUGUGAGUUGUGGCGAUGAUGUGGUCGCACUGCUGUCUGUGAGCGGCAAAGUUCUCUGUGUGGACACCAGACACCCACCUUUCACUCCCAGCCCACUGGAAGCUUUUUCUAACAAACAGGUUUCUCAGGUUGCUUGUGGGAGUCAGCACUCGGUUGCACUGACCAAAGAUGGUCAGCUGUAUACGUGGGGUCAGGACUGCAGGGGCCAGCUGGGUCUGGGUACGAGAAAGUCUGUCUGCAGAUCACCUCAACAUGUGCCAUCACUGUCAGCGAUCCCCGUGAUCCAGGUCGCUGCAGGAGGAGACCAGAGUUUCGCCCUCUCUGUCUCUGGAGGUGUUUUCAGCUGGGGGAGAAAUGACUGUGGACAGCUCGGGCUGGGAGACACAAAAGACAGACACACACCAGCUCCUGUUCAGUGUUUGAAUAUGAAGAAAGCUCAGCGCAUUUCCUGUGGACAGGACCACACGGCCAUUUUGACAAAGCAUGGGGCAGUGUUUACAUUUGGCUCCGGUCAACACGGACAGCUCGGUCACAACUCACUACGCAACGAACUGCGUCCUCGACUUGUUGCGGAGCUCUGGGGGGCAAAGGUCACCAAGAUUACAUGUGGAAGGAAUCACACUUUAGUGCUGACUGAAUCCAAGAGGGUCUACUCCUUUGGUUGUGGGGAUCAAGGGCAGCUGGGACAUCGAGAGGAGAGUAAUCCAUCUGUGCCGCUGCCUGUUCGACUGCCACAGGGCACCAAUGGGCCCAAAAUCAGAAACAUCUUUGCAGGAGAAAACUGUUCAUUUGCAACAUGCUGGUCUGAUGAGGACAUUGACGAGGGUUCAAUCACAGACUGUGACAUAGCAUCACAACACUGUCUUGAUAACAUGGUUGACAAAUGGAUCUCUGAAUGUGAUUUAAAGUCAUGGAAAAAGAUUAAACAGGAAAUCAUGGAGGCAUUUUCCUCUGCAUCCUAUCUGAAUAAAAGUUUCCUUGAAAAAAGCGGUGAUAAACAUUUCCAAACUUCACCAAAGUACCCCGGUUUGAACAUGAAACAUGCACGGCAUGCUUUCAAAAAUUUGGCAAAGAAAGACAAUGUUCUUGCAGAGAUCGAGGCUGCAGUGCUACGCCUGCUUCCUUCCCUCGAUCAGAAACCACUGGGAGUGGAGGGGUUGAGAAUCUACCUUCUUCUCAUUGAGCUUCUGCACACAGUCCUGAAACAGACACGGCAACAGAGAAUAAAGCUCGCUGUGGCGGUAGCCAAUGCAGUAACAAGGUUGUCGAAUGAAAGCCUCCAGAUUAUAGGCGACUGGUGGUCCUCUCUGUCGCACUCCACCAUGAUUCGACACAUUAACGUGUGGAAGCAGGCACUCUCAGAGAUCCUGUCCUUUGUGCCUGUUCCCCGCAACUCCGGGGUCAGAAAUCUGCUGCUAGUCCUCAAAUACAUGUACAACGCCAACAGCAGGGUUGCGGAAUCUCGAAGGAUACCGGAGAGCAGUUUUUAUUUAUUGUUGGAUGAAGCAUUUCUUAAUGAGGAUCUGGACCAGUGGCAUUUACGUUCAGAAAACAGGAAUGCCAAAGCUGAGCCACUUCUCCUUUGUGACUUCCCAAUUGUGAUGGACCUGCAAUCAAAAAAAUUGGUUUUUGACUCUUAUUCUGAAUACACCAAGCUGAUGAGUUACUACUUGGAUAAUUUCUCUGACUACUGGGGUAUUUUUGAUGAUUACGAUGAAGAUGUAUUUUUACUGGACCUGAGGCGAGCAACCAUUUUGGAAGACACCUUUGAACAACUGGCGGAUGCUUGUGACACAGACUACAAGAAGCCACUUAGGGUCUUGUUUGAUGAAAUGAUCGAUGACGUCUACAGGAAAGACUUUUUUUAUGAAGUCUUUCAUGACUUGAUCUCAGCUGAAUCUGGGAUGUUCAUGUUCAAUGACUCUGAAACACUGGCAUGGUUCUCCUCAAAACAUCAGGCAACUCAGGAAGACCAGCGUUUCUUCCUGUUUGGAGUUCUGUGUGGAUUGGCCUUGUACAACCAGUGCAUCAUCCACUUACCCUUCCCACUGGUGCUGUUCAAGAAGCUGCUCGGUGUAAGGCCUUCACUGGAGGAUUUGAUAGAAUUCAACACAAGUGUUGGAGAGAGUCUGCAGUACAUUCUGGAGGACUACAAAGAUGAUGACUUGGAAAACCUGGACAUGUAUUUUUCGAUCAACUGGGGUGGAAAGGACAUUGACCUUGAUCCUGAAAGUCCUGAAAAGUUGGUGACAAGUCAAAAUAAGAAGGAGUUUGUGGAUGCCUACGUGAAUCAUGCCUUCAACACAUCAGUGGAGAAUGUGUUUCAGGAGUUCAAGAGAGGCUUCUUCCUGGUGUGUGAGCAGGAUUUGGUGAAACUCUUCAGGCCAAAGGAGCUGCAAGAAGUGAUGGUGGGCAAAGACUUCAGUGACUGGGAAAAGCUGAAACAGAACACACAUUAUGAAGGUGAAUACAGCGCAGACCAUCCCACCAUACAGAUGUUUUGGGAGGUUUUUGAUGAACUGACUGAGAACCAGAAGAAAGCUUUCCUUUGGUUUGUGACAGGAUUUGACCGGGUGCCCAUUCUCGGUAUGGACAAAAUCAAGAUGCAAGUCAAAGUUAUAGAUAUCAAGGACGUCUCCUAUGACCAGUACUAUCCUCAGACACACACAUGCUUCUCGACCUUGGAGCUGCCAUUAUACUCAGCUAAGGAGAUCAUGCAAACCAAACUCACAGAGGCCCUGAGCAACAAUAAGAGGAUCCAUAAGUGAUCAGUAUUAUAAGACAGUUUUUUACUGUAUUGAACAGUAAAAUGUAAUUGUUGAUCAAGUCUAGCGUUUGCAGUUACUGAAACAUACUUACUGUUACUGUCAUGAUCCUGCGUCUUCUACCCAGCGUUUUGGACUUUUGGUUUGGAUUUAUUUAAUAGUCUGAGGUUGAGAUCUUUGCCCUGACUCCCUCUUGGGUGUGUAUAUAUUGUUUGUGUCUCCCUCUGUGCAGCGUCAUGAUCUCGUCCAUUCUCGGGCUGUGUGUUCUGCCUGUUAGUUUAGUUUCUGGAACAUAAAAAAUUUAUGAUGAUGACUUGGCAACAAUAAAUGCCAUUUUUUACUGUACUGAACAGAAGACAUAACAUUGUAAUGCUGCACUCUGUGAAUUGCUGACCAAAGAGUAGCAUUUGUAGUUAGUUGUACUGCUGCUGAUUGUGAUGUAGAUGGAAUGUAUGUAUACCAAAGAAAUCCCACCUACUAAAAAUAAAAAUGUGAUACAUGCUUUUAUAUAGUUUGGAGAAAGUGU